CGGACACGCCGACCUCGCCCAUCAGCGGCGUGUUUACCAAGAGCUCUGCUGACGUUUAAUAUAGAGUAGACUAUCUGUCAUCACCUCGCUGAUAUCACCUUUGCACGUUACACGAAGUCGUCCUCGACCGAACCGGACAGAGCGACCACUCGAAACCGACCUAGCCGAACACAUACAUACGCGAAGAUGUUCGGAUCUAUAGAUGCCCAGAUGGACCGCGCGGAGGAGCUCCAUGGGCCUCCGGCGAAAGGACAGCCAUACAGUGUGGCGUUGCCAGGCUCAGAGGCAGAGGGAAGGAGCGCCAUCUACAGGCAUUGGAGGUUUACGGACAAGCCUCUCCUGGAUCACCUGGUUCCUGAGAUCAGGACACCCCACGAAGCGUUCGAGAACUCGGUCGCCAAAUGGCCCAAGAACAAGUGCCUGGGCCAUCGCCCCUACGACACAGCUACCAAGACCUUCGGGCCCUACGUUUGGGAAGACUACGAGACAGUCGCCAAGCGGAGAACGAACUUCGGUGCCGGUCUGGUACACUUGCACAAACAAGCUGGCGUUACCGCGCCAAAGUACGGUAUUGGACUGUGGUGUCAGAACAGGCCGGAAUGGCAAAUCACGGAUCUGGCGUGCAUGUCUCAAGGACUCUACACCGUUUCCAUCUACGACACGCUGGGCCCAGACACAACCGAAUACAUCAUCAACCACUCCGAGCUGUCUUGCGUGGUUGCUGGAGUGAACCACGUUACCGCGCUGUUGAAGCUGAAACCUCGAUUGCCUUCGCUGAAGAUCAUCGUGGUUCUCGAUCCGCUUUCCGCUGGCGAGCUUCCCGGAGAGUCCAAGGGCGACAUCCUGAACUCGCUUGCGAGCGAACAAGGUGUAACGAUCCACUACAUCAAGGACGUGGAAGCUUUGGGCGAGAGGCAACCGAUCCCGAUGAACCCUCCUACACCUGAAGACAUUGUUACCAUCAACUACACAUCUGGCACAACGGGAAACCCCAAGGGCGUCGUUCUGUCUCACAAGAACGCACAUGCUGGAACAUGCACAUCUAUGGUCAUCAUGGGUAGCGGUCCCAAUGAGAUCAUCUGCUCUUUCUUGCCCUUGGCGCACAUCUAUCAGCGGCUGGGAGAACACAGUGGGUUGGCGACCGGUGCUGCUAUUGGCUACUUCCAUGGAAACAUCGCAGAGCUAGUAGAUGACUUGCAGAUGCUGCGACCUACCAUCUUCUCUGGUGUACCCAGGCUGUACAACCGCUUCGGAGCUAAGAUCAAGGAAGCGACCAUCCAAGCCACUGGCGUCAAGGGAGCACUAUCCCGACACGUGGUAUCGACCAAGCUGGCGGCUCUCAACGACAAGCAAAACCCGACUAACAAGCACAUGCUCUACGAUCGCAUCUGGGCUAAGAAGGUCUCUGCUGGUCUUGGACUGGACCGUUGCAAGGUUCUAGUCAGUGGCUCUGCGCCCAUUGAUCCCAGUCUGCAUCAAUUCCUCCGUAUCGUCUUCGGAAGCAACUUCACACAAGGAUACGGUCUUACCGAGACUUACGCCGUUGCACUCGUCCAGCACGAGGGUGACUUCUCCGCUGGCAACUGCGGUGGUGUUGGACCAAACACAGAGUGCGCGCUGCUCGAUGUGCCUGACAUGGAGUACAUGUCCACCGAUAAGCCGCAUCCUCGUGGUGAGCUGUUGAUCCGCUCUGCAUCGCAGUUCAAGGAGUACUUCCGCAACGAGGAGGAGACUGCCAAGGCGAUUGACGCUGAUGGCUGGUUCCACACUGGCGACAUCUGCUCCGUCGACGAGCUCGGUCGCUUCAAGAUCAUCGACCGCAGGAAGAACGUCCUCAAGCUCGCGCAGGGCGAGUACAUUUCCCCCGAGCGGAUCGAGAAUGUAUACCUUGCAAACUGCAGCUACCUCGCCUCUGGCUAUGUCCAUGGCGACUCGCAUCAAUCCUUCCUCGUGGCCAUCUUCGGUGUCGCGCCUGACAUCUUCCCACAAUUCGCAUCCAAGGUGCUCGGCGAGAAGAUUCCAGAAGGCGAUAUCGAGAAGUUGAAGGAGGUCUGCAAGAACAAGAAGGUCGAACAGGCAGUACUUAAGGAGCUGGAAAAGGUGGGACGAAAGAACAAGUUCAAUAGCUACGAGCGCGUCAGGGCUGUGCGGUUGUUUGUUGAUCCUUGGACCAUCGAAAACCAACUUUUGACCCCAACACUGAAGUUGAAGCGCCCGCAAACUGUCAAGGCUUUCAGGAAGGAACUGGAUGACUGCUAUGAGGAGGCACUGGCCGAGGAGUCGAAGGCCAAGGCGAAGUUGUAGAGAGUGGAACUGCAUGUUUGGCGUCUGGCGGCCGUACGAGGAUACCUAGACAGUGAUUGCAUGGUUGCUUUCCUAGCGCGCGGGUACUCAGGCACCCUGUGCGAGUCAUGGUACCAUGGAACUGCGUAUAGAUCGGUCGAUUGAGUGUACAGUAGCGGUAAUACUACAAACUGAACAUGUUCAUCACGACCGCUAUGGAGCCUUGCCGGCUGAUGAGCUGGUGAAAGGAUGAAAAUUGCAAGCGGUGAACGAUAGUAGACAACGUGUCACGGGCCGUAGUGGAGAGUACCUAGGUAGCGAGCAAUCAGUGGGCGC